AUGUCUUUGUCUCAAUGCUUAGAUUUGUCCAACACAAGGGACUUUGUCCAUGUUGAUGAGGAAGUCAUAUUUUUUUCGGAAAUCAAUAAGGCUCUACAUGUGUUUGCAUUCUUUCCUGACAAAGGAUGUGGUUACAGCGGAUCAUUUUCAACUCUGUUCCUUAGGGAAAUGGCUCGCAAAUUCGACUUCUCCAACAUCCAUUCGCUCCUCAUAUGGGCAAGAGAUCGAAUCUCUGGGAAGAGAUAUUCUUUUCAGGAUGUUGAUUCAGAAAACGUCAGAUUUACUAUGGGAUCAGUUUUGUCACAUCAGCUAUCUUUACAACUUUCUCGGUCUGAAAACGAAACUGAUUUGGUCGUAGCACUUGCAAAAGCACUUCUUCGCAAACAAGCUCGCGUUGAGGAGCUGGUGAAGGCAAAUUCGGAAUUCCUCAAUCAAUUAAACAUUGAAGAUCCUACCUCUUCGUCGUCAAAGAAGCGGAGAACUUCUGGUAUGAGUUUCACCAAUCCACAGCUUAGAAAACGGAAGCCGGCUACUGGGCUCACUUUCAUCUCCAGCACUGACAAUGCGACCUAG